AGGAAGCGGAAGUGGAGUAUGCAUAGCCCAGCGGCCUCUUAGCAACGCGAAGGGGUCAAGUGACACAACCAGCUGACUCCGGUAAAGAAAGACGCUGUGGCUGGGUUUGUUGCAGCUACGAUAGCCCGGCCGGGGACCCGAGCCACAGAGUCAUCGUCAGAAUGUCGGGCAAAGAUCGAAUUGAAAUCUUUCCUUCGCGAAUGGCACAGACCAUCAUGAAGGCUCGAUUAAAAGGAGCACAGACAGGUCGAAACCUCCUGAAGAAGAAAUCUGAUGCCUUAACUCUUCGAUUUCGACAGAUCCUAAAGAAGAUCAUAGAGACUAAAAUGUUAAUGGGUGAAGUGAUGAGAGAAGCUGCCUUUUCACUUGCUGAGGCCAAGUUCACAGCAGGCGACUUCAGCACCACGGUUAUCCAAAAUGUAAAUAAAGCCCAAGUGAAGAUUCGAGCGAAGAAAGAUAAUGUAGCAGGUGUUACUUUGCCAGUAUUUGAACAUUACCAUGAAGGAACUGACAGUUAUGAACUGACCGGUUUAGCCAGAGGUGGGGAACAAUUGGCUAAAUUAAAGAGGAAUUAUGCCAAAGCGGUGGAACUACUGGUGGAACUAGCCUCGCUGCAGACUUCCUUUGUUACUUUGGAUGAAGCUAUUAAGAUAACCAACAGGCGUGUAAAUGCCAUUGAACAUGUCAUCAUUCCCCGGAUUGAACGUACCCUUGCUUAUAUCAUCACAGAGCUGGAUGAGAGAGAGCGAGAAGAGUUCUAUAGGUUAAAGAAAAUACAGGAGAAGAAAAAGAUUCUCAAGGAAAAAUCUGAGAAGGCGUUGGAGCAACGGAGGGCAGCUGGCGAGGUGAUGGAGCCUGCGAAUCUUCUGGCUGAAGAGAAGGAUGAGGACCUUCUGUUUGAAUAAUCUUUCCUGCUCUGGUUCUUUCUGAGGCCCUGAAAUGGCACCAUUUUAGUUCACAGUGUGUAGAUUUGGUAUGUGUCACUGUUUGUUUCUUGGCCUAAGAAUUGCACUAGUUGUAAACGUGCCCUGGAUAUCCAUUUAUGGUAUUACCUUUGCAGAAUCAUAAUUCAGCAACCAUUUAUCACAAUAUUUAUAGAACCUGCCCAGGAACUUGUAUAACUUACUCUGCAGAGGUGUCACCCUAUUCUAUUUACAUCUGUUACAAGUGAUCGGCUUACCAAGUGUAUCAGGGACCUCCCCAUAGGUAACAGCAGUGAUCUCAAGCCAGCUGCUGCUAGCGUCGCCUUCACUCCUACCCACUUGCACACCUGGGCGUGGCUGUCUUGAGAUCGCUGCUGCCACCCCUGUGUUGUUACUGUGGUACCAGCCACCCUUGUGUUAUACUGUGGUACUUCUUUCCACAAGCUUUAUGAAAACCUUCACUUUAUUUUUCUUUGCAUGACAGGUCUCUGGCCUGUCUGUCAUGGGAACAGUUUUGCCAAUUUAAAUGUGACUAUGGUAUAAGCAGUAAAACGAUUAAAAAAGGAGUUGCUCUUUUUUUUUUAAAAAAAACCCAAAACCCAAAACCCAAAAAACAAUUAAGGAACCAGAACCUGUAUUUGUGCCAAUAGGGGGCUUUCCCCCAUAGUGAAGAAUAAAUUAAAAGGUAUUUUGUAUUUCACCCAGAGGUUCCAAAGGACUUACUUGAGGCAGAAAUUUGAAGACAGGGUAGUCGUUAGAUGUGCUGAAAUCAUGAAAGGCAGAGGAUAUAAACACAGCAAAAGAAAGUACCCAGUGGCAUAUAAACACAGCAAAAGAAAGUACCCAGUGGCUUUUUUUAUUUGAAAUAUAUUUUACUUUUCAUUUUUACAAUACAGUGUGCAGUAUGACAUCUCCAAAUAACAGAGUGCAGAUAUAGGAUAAGAGAGUACAAAGGAUUAACAACAGAUGUCAGAAAGGUUACCUUUAUUAAGGCUGAAUCCCUGGUUCAUGUUUUCCACACACAUUCACAAAAUUACAUUCAAAUUAUUCCUUAUCAAUACUUAUUCCUUAGGCCAUGAGAAAAGGAAAAACAAGAAAAUCCAGAUAUUAGAUUUUCAUAGAAAGCAAAUCUGGAUUUGUCUACUAUUCUCCUUCCAUUUGUUCUGACUUAAGAAAAUUUAGUAAAGGAAGAUACUUCCUUAUUUGAACUAACAUGUGCAUUUCAUUAGCUAUAUCAUUCCUAUAAGUGGUUAAGACCUCCCCCACACUGGGGUCUCCAAUCAGAACCACAGAGGGACAGGAAAUGGAACUGGCCAGAGUGGCUUGACAAAUAGGUGUAUAGCAAGGCUUUUCUCCUAUUUUCUUUCAAGGAAGUCAGCAGUAACUCAGUUUUCACUUUGUUUAGGGACUGAAUAUCACUAGGAUUGAGAAAAGUUUGGGACAUCAACAUUUAUCUCUCUCUACCAUUGUUGAGGAGGAAAGAACUGUAAGACUCUACUGACUCCCAAAAUACCUUUUGUUACCUUGGACUUCCUACAGUAUACUAUGGCAUAGCAUGUGCCUGGUAGGGGAUUUGCUCGUUAAAGCAAACCUGCGUCUCGAUAGCACAUGGCCCGUAUGGCCCAGCGGUCUGCAGGCUAACUCUGGGACUGGCACAACAGCCACUUUCACUACCUGAAAUCUCAGUCUAAAUUCAAACUACCAACAUUUUGGAACUUAGGGUUGAAAAUAGUUGUCAGUUAAGAUAAGCAGCUCACAAAACUCCAUUGUCUACCAUAAACUACCUUUCAUUCCUGAGGAGAAAGUAAAUGGAAAACUGAAAAGAAGAAGUGCUUAUAUUCCUUGGUUUUCAAUGCUAAAAAAUCAGUGACCUUUGCAUUUCCUGCCAUAAGCUAGGAGUGUUUCAGACUUGAUGAAGAGAUGGCACAGUAUGUGUGACAUUCCUUACCUUAACCCAGGAAUGUUUCUUCCUAAGGAACAUUAUCUUGAAAGUAUUUCCACAUAAGACACACUCCACAGCCAACCUCGAGGCCAUGCACAUUUGAACAGAAAAGGCAACUUAAAAACUGUCUACAUGUCUUCAAAUAAAAUUAUGUGAAA